CUGUGCUUUUGACAUAGGAAUACAAAGAUCCAUGCAACAGAGGCAGGCUAGUGUAACAAUUAGGCACUGGUUCUGGAGCCAACCUGCCUGGAUUUGAAUCCACCUCUUACUAGCUUUGUGCAGUGAUUGAUGAAGGAGACAAAGCCUCAUCUGGACUGCCCCUCAGAGCUAGGGUGGUCUGGCCCUGGGAACAGCUGGGAGUGCAGUUCUGGAGCCAGCCACCAAGUGGCAUCAGGAGCAGCUGUUCUCAGGGCCCACUGUCUAGAAGAAUUGGGGCUCUGGGCUAAAUUCAGUUGCUUUGAAGUUUGGGUUUUUAAGAGCACAAGAUGAGAAUGCCAAUGGAGACACAAGCCUUGUCAUAAAGAGCCAUCUGGAUUGAAAAAACAGCACAGGAAAGUGCACAGAAGGCCCAUUCCAUGGCAUACUGCUGGAUAAUGGUCAAUCCUGCUUCCCCCAAAGGGGGAAGCUUGCCCCAUGUCCAUUUUCACAGUCUCCACUCUGCUCCCAGAAAGAGCCCAGAGGGAGGGAGAGACUCUGUAGAGGUUCCAGUCUGCCCAGGUCACAUGCAGGACUGGGCUCUGCUCUUCCCCAGCGGAAACCACCACUGCAGGACCGUGGGGGGUAAGUCAGAACCCUGUAAGGGUGUCCUGCUGGACCACCUCUCAGCUUCGUGUGAAAUCUGGAUCUGGCUUCAGUGCUGCUGGCUUCCAGGUUGGCAAUUGUGUCUCUAGAGAAAGGUAGGCAGUGGUCUGAUUCUAGUUUGUGACUUAAAGCAUGCCUGGACUGCUUAACCUUUUCUUAACUCACUUAGCAAGCCCUUUGCUCUCUGGCCUGUGCCGGGACCACAGAAGGAAUCUGACAUGGUCUAACAAGCAAAGUCAUGGGACAUGACAAGUACUUUAAAAGAGGGGAGUACCAGAUACAUGGGAACACGAAGGGCCCUUAUAAAAGGAUGGUAGUGGGCAGUGCUGGCCAUGACAUUGAAGUUUGGUUCAGCAGGGGAUUUCCAGGUAGAUACAAUAAAGCAGAGCAUGUUAGGAAGAAGGGACAGCCUGUGGGAGGGAGGGAUGGAGCAGGAAGGAAUGUGGUGAGUGUAGAGGCCCACAGUUAUUCCAAUAAGACUGAAUGGUUGGGAGCAACUAGAGAUCUGAUUGAGCCAUAGAGGGCUUUAACUGUCAGGCUAAGGAGUUUGACUUUUAUCUUGUAAACAGGCUAAGAUUAAAAGCAUCUGAGCAGGGACGAACAAGAUGAGUAAGCAAGAUCACAAAGGAACUCGAGGUAGAAUGUACCAGUCUUGGUAGCAAAUUCCUAAUCAGAGAUUGUAAACUGAACUGCUUUGUAGAUUAUUGGGGCAGGGGAAGGUGAUUAUAGAGGAUGUUUCCCUCCAAUUUCCAAGGUCCUGUCUUUGCAUCCUCUGGAAGUUCCAGAGGUAGGACAAAGGAAUCAGGUGGAUUCCACCUGUUUUUUGUACCUCCUGAUCUAAAGGGCAGUGUCCCAGUGUCACCCCAUUGUCUAAGAUAUUCACCCAUUUGUCCAGUUUCUGAAAUGAAGCUGGGUGCUGCACCAGCACUUGUCUUUCUUUCCCUCAUCUGUCCUUCUUGUCUCAUGGGCUACAUACCUCUGGGACUGAAAGUUUGAAACUCAUCCUAUGAACUGCCACUGUGCAUUUUAUUCUUGCAUUGAUUCAGGGGUAGGUCUGAUCUUCCCAGAGUAAAUAUUGGUCGUUUGACCUGGGACACACCCAACACACACCCUUUUCUUGAGGGGCCUUCUGGUCAGCCUGUGAAGCAGGGCAAAGUCAAGACUUCUGCCAGGAUGAAUCUGUCGGGGAGUAGGUUUGGAAGUCAGUGGGUUGUGUCUCUCCAAGGUGGGGCUCUUGCCACUGGCUCAGGACAUUGAGGCAUUACCCUGAGGAGGGGCAAGUAUAAGCCUUGUCCCUGCCCUCAAGCAGCUCGUGGUCAGAUGAUGAUUCAUUUACAGAAAAUAAGAGAGUGUCAAGGAACUCUGGCAGCUUGCAAGGUAGGAGUACUCAAUGUCCCAGAGGUGGGGUGGCAUGAACUGGGCUUAGAGAAGUAAACAGGAUUCUGAUUAUGGCAGUAGCAUGAGCAAAAACAUUAAAAUUGCUUUUGCACUAAUUUCCAGGUACUUGGUGUGCACUAGAUGUGUAUGCCUUAUGCAUGGGGAGGUCUGUGAAGAGAACUUCAGGUUGGCUGUGCCCUCUGACUCAGCCCUACUCUUAUCCCAGGUCCAGGUGGCUCCUUGGUGGCCUCCCCCGGAAAUGCUCCAUCUUCCACCUCUUCGUUGCCUGUCUCUUAUUGGGCUUCUUCUCCCUACUCUGGCUGCAGCUCAGCUGCUCUGGUGAUGUGGCCAGGGCAGCCAGGGGACAAGGGCAGGAGACCCCAGGUCCAUUCCAGGCCUGCCCCCCAGAGCUACCCCCUGAGCAUUGGGAAGAAGAUGCAUCCUGGGGCCCCCAUCACCUGGCAGUGUUGGUGCCAUUCCGUGAACGCUUUGAGGAACUGCUGGUCUUCGUUCCUCACAUGCACCGCUUUCUGAGCAGGAAGAAGAUCCAGCACCACAUCUACGUGCUCAACCAGGUGGAUCAUUUCCGGUUCAACCGGGCAGCACUCAUCAAUGUGGGCUUCUUGGAGAGCAGCAACAGCACAGACUACAUUGCCAUGCACGAUGUGGACCUGCUCCCACUCAACGAGGAGCUAGACUAUGGCUUCCCUGAGGCUGGGCCCUUCCAUGUGGCCUCCCCAGAGCUCCACCCGCUCUACCAUUACAAGACCUACGUGGGCGGCAUCCUCCUUCUCUCCAAGCAGCACUACCAGCUGUGCAACGGGAUGUCUAACCGCUUCUGGGGCUGGGGUCGCGAGGAUGAUGAAUUCUACCGGCGCAUCAAAGGAGCUGGGCUCCAGCUUUUCCGCCCCUCUGGAAUCACAACUGGCUAUAAGACAUUUCAGCACCUGCAUGACCCAGCUUGGCGGAAGAGGGAUCAGAAGCGUAUUGCAGCUCAAAAACAGGAGCAAUUCAAGGUGGACCGGGAGGGAGGCCUAAACACUGUGAAGUACCGUGUGGAUUCCCGCGUAGCCCUGUCUGUGGGAGGGGCCCCCUGCACUGUUCUCAACAUCAUGUUGGACUGUGACAAGGCAGCAACCCCGUGGUGUACCUCUGGCUGAGUUGUGCAGACGUUAAGGAAGCCCAUGCCUACAGAUCACACUGCUGCUCAGCCUCAGGAUGAGAGCUCAGGCCUGGGGCCCAGCUCCCAUAGGAUGUGGAGUGGCCUGAAGAAAUGGCAAGCUCUAUCUUAGCACCAGCCUGGGCCCCAGAGGCAGGCCUGAGCUGGGAUAGGACACAUAUGAUGCCUGGGAUGCUGCUGGCAGUAAACAGUGAUCACAAAAAGGCUGAAAAGUGGCUUCAACUAGGACUCUCCACCCUGCCUUCCUGCUUGCCCUACUCUGCCCUCCUUUGUGUGCCGAGGCCUCAGGCAGUGGGAAAGGUUGAACUGAACAAUAUCUAAUUAGUCUCCUUCCCACUGGACUGCCUCAUGCAGAGAUACGGCUUAGAAGCCAUGUGGCUGGUGUAGGUGGCAGUUGCAAUGAGGAGGCUUAGAACUCCAGAAACCAGAGCACAAGCCCCACAGCAAGGAACAGCAGAUACCAGCUCCAGCUGGUUGUCACAUGCAGGAAUGUGGACCUCAUGUUACCAGAUCUUCUGAUUUUUCAAAAGAAACUAGAAUGCUGGAUUCAUAAGUGAAAUCUGAUUUUUUAAUGAUAGCAGCUAAUUGAAACUUUGAAAAAGAUGGCAGGCCAAACAAAAUGUGUUGUGGACCCUGGUUUGUCACCUUUGGCUGUGGGGAAGAGUAAUGGGCAAAAGAUGACACCUCCUUUAGUUGUCAAGGAAUUAGGGUAGGAGUAGGGAUGGCAGGUUGAGAUAGGAGAAGACAGGGCCAGGGACUUAUCUCAGUGAUUCCAGCGCCUGCCUUGCAAGCACAAGGGCCCGAGUUGGAUCCCUGGUACCAAAAAAAAACAUGGGAGAAGAAGCCAAAGGCACAAGGUUCCAUACCACCUUCCCACCCAACUUUCUAAGGUUUCCAAGCAGCUCCUUGGGUUUCCAUCUGGGCAGUGUGACCACUGUCAGGGUCCCUUUGGUUGGGCUUUAACUGGGAAACUGCUUCAUCCUGCCUCACUGAGAUGAAGAUAGGAAGGAGAGCAAUUGAGGACUGGAGCUAAGUUAGACACAGCAACUCAGCAGUGUCUUAGGUCAAGGCCUGAGGGAGGGAGAACCAUGUUUUUAAGUUGGCAGGAAAGAGAUGGGGAGAAGUAGGCAAAUCCCUGGAGUGUUCUUGUAGCAUGAGGGGAGAUGUUCAGCAAUCUCCAAGACCACUAACUAGGAGAGGUGAAGUUUAGAUAAAAACCGAGCAAGACCAUGAGACUGGGGAGUGAUCAUACAAGAAGCUUUUGGAAGGAAGCCCGGGGCCAAUGAGAGAGUGGAUGAGGGGCCUUGCAAGGUAGAUUGCUCCUUCAAGGCCAAAGAUUUUUGGCAGACACCAGACGAGACUGUUGAGACUGAGCUUGGUUUGUUUAACAGUAGGACACCUUGAAGUGCUGAAGAAGGAAGGGAUUGAGGUCACAGAGCUGAAAAGGGUAGUAUCAACACCUCUGUUCUAAAAGGAUUCCUCCUCUUAGAAUGAUGUGGGGACUCUUACAUGGAGUUAUAUGGCUUGUGCACUGUACAACCUGUGUGUAAGCUAAGAGAUUUAAACAGGCAUUGGUGUUAAGCUUCAAAUUCUGACACCUAAUCUGGGGUGGUUGUAAUCCACAAUUGAUGUUGCCUAGUAAUUGAGCCUCACCAAUUGAAGUGAGGGCAAACAGCCUCCACUGGCAGUGGAAACGGAGAUGAGGUGUUUCCUGUGUUAUCUGGAAAACCUGGUUACUUCCCUUUGGACUUGGAUAUGCCAGGGGCAAUAACAGCCACCUCUUGGAGUUUGUGGGGAUGUAUAUGACAUCAAAGCACCCAGCUCUCCAUUCACUUGGCAUAUAGGAAGACCUCAGCAAUGGGGGCUCCUCCUUUUCACCGGCACUGGGGGAAUGGAAUGAGCAGAAAGGCCAAGAAGAUCCCAUUACCUUGUGGGAUCAGUCAACAGCUUGGGCUGGGACACAUCCUCACCCCUGUGCCCCAAUUCCCCACCAUGGCUGCUGCCAUCUCCUCCAUCAUUAAGGUGCCAGUGGGCACCAAGACAGUUCAAAUCUACACAACCUCCCCCAUCCAGGGCCUCCACCCACCCAGGAGUAUGUGACAGGGCUGAGCCAUGGUGGCCCAGGGGAAGAAGCAUAUGGCUUUGUCUCCUCAGGGUGUUGUUUGCCUCCUUUGUGGAAGCAAAAAAACUAACAUCCCUGCUGUGCUGGCUGAGGUGUGGAUAAAAUGCACUAAGACAGGUGGUGAACCUAUGGCAUGUGUGCCAUAGUGGGUUGUUUUGUUUGUUAUCAUUGAAAGCUCUAUAAGGUUCACCAUCACUGCACUAGGAUAUCUGAGCACCUGGCAUGGCGCUUGGCCAAUGCAGGUGUUGUACUAAUAAUAACAAUCACUUGUUGGGCAUUUACCACACACAAACUUCCCUAUAUUGCAUUAUUUCGUGGAGGCCUCUACCUAAGAGCUAGGUCCCAUGUAUUACAUCUUUUGUAGAUGAUGAAGGUGAGGCAUUAAGAGGUAAGUAGCUUGUCUAGGUCACAGAGCUGGAAAGUAGUGGGGCUUGGAAUGGGUACCCCUGGGGUCUGUGCCUACAGAGCCAGGAUCCUGUCCUCUGCCCUGGACAGCAGGUACCCAGAGGCUCCUGCAGCAGAUCACCUUCCUUAGCUGGAGAGGGGAAGGGGGGAGGGCUGCCAGAGUUCAGUGUCCCAAGGAUGCAAAGUAUCCUGUGAGUACUGAUGCCAGACAGGUUUCUUGGGGCUGAGGAACACAGCAGGAUACCAGUUGGACCUAGAGUAUGGGCCUGUAACUGAGUAAGUUAAUUGGUCAGAAUAGGAAAGGUUUCCAGAGGGAUCUGCACAGGUCUGGGCAUGUUCAGUUUAGGUGUUCUUGGCACCUUAUUACUAUGCAGGAACAGGAUAUUUGAAGUGAGUCAUGAGGAUCUGCAGAUGCCGCACCAAGCAACUUAUAAUUUUUUGCUAGGAGUGCAGGGUUUUCUAGCGGGAGAGUUUGGGGGCAGGGCUAGAUCCAUUGUUAUGAAAGAUUCUAGCAAGCAGGACCCAGCGUGGACUGUAGGUGAGGCCUGAGAAGAGUGAGAGCCGAGUCUGAAUGAAAAGUGAUGGAGCAAGAAUGAGGCAGUGAAGUGGGGGUGAGAUCUGCUGCACCCCCAGCAUCUGUGUGUUGGCUCCCUGGCCAGGGUCACCUGUGCACCAUUGGGCCCUUCCUUCACAGAGUCACUCCCCAGCAGACCUUUCCCCGGUGGACAAAUAGAUGGAUAUAGAGAGCCUUUUUUGUCUUCUCAGCCCUGUGCUUUGAGAGCACUUAAAAAAAAAAAAAAAAAAAAAAAAAAAAAAAAAAAAAAAA